AUGAAAGGUCAAUCCCUGGUGGUUCUAUGUCUUUUAACCACCGCUUGUUUUGCAAGUAGUUGGGUUGAUGGAGCAUCACCCAGAAUCAAAUCCAGAACCAGACCCAAAUCCAACGCCACCACCCAAACCAAAACCAAAGUGGGUUGCUAUUUUGUACUUGGGGACUCCCAAGCUGACAAUGGAAACAACAACGUCAUGGAAAUGGCUUAUGGCAAUGCCAGGGCUGAUUACAAGCCUUAUGGCUGCGACUUCAAUAGAGAAGGAACGCCCACUGGCCGCUUCACCAAUGGUCGAAAUGCUCCUGAUUUCAUUGCUACAUAUUUGGGUUUUCGCCAUUAUAUUUCGCCCUUUACGACUAUAAAGGGUAGGGAAAUUCUCGAUGGUGUAAACUAUGCUUCGGGAGGUGCCGGGAUUCUCCCAGAAACUGGAAGAACGUUGGGGCAAGUGUUGAGCAUUCAUAAGCAAUUGGAGAAUCACAAUAUCACAAUUUCACAAAUCCGUGGCCUAUUGGGAACCAGAAGUGCGACUACAACCCAUCUUAAUAGUUGCUUAUAUACUGUUCAAAUUGGAAGCAAUGAUUACCUUAAUAAUUAUUUUAUGCCACAAUUCUACAAAACAAGUGCCCAAUUUACUCCCCAACAAUUUGCCACUGUCCUAAACAACCGGCUUUACACCGAAUUGAAGGUUCUGUAUGAGCAAGGAGCAAGAAAGGUGGCACUUUUUGGGGUGGGAUCCAUAGGGUGCACUCCAUAUGCAAGGGCCAACUUCGAGAACAAAGGAGGCGGAUGUGUGGACAAAAUAAACAACGCUAUUCAGCUCUUCAAUGACGGCCUCAAGGCCCUUGUUCUUCAGCUCAACACCAAGAUGGCUGGUGCUAAGUUCACGUACAUUGAUGUGUUCAAAAUCUCCUCUACGAUCCCCUCAACCUCAGGUAGAAUGGUCCUAAAUGCUCCUUGCUGUGAAGUGGAUGCAGGGCAAGUGCAGUGUACUCGUUUAGGAAGAAUUUGUGGGAAUAGGAUGGAGUAUAUGUUCUGGGAUGCAGUUCAUCCAACAGAAGUGGGGAUUAGUGCACUAGCAAGUAGAGCCUUUAAAGCCAAAGAAGCUGGCGAUGCUUACCCUUAUGAUAUCAACCAGCUUGUGUUUUACUAA